UAAUUUAAUCCUGAUAUGAGCCAGACCAUGGAUGAACCAGCCCGAUCCGGGGAGUCUCGAAGCCCUCGCAUUGGUCGGAGCGACACUUUGCGGGUAGCCCCUCCCAGUCGGCCUCAGCGCUGGUGGCGGUUCCCGUCCUUCGGCAGGCGAGCAGUCAGACCGUGUGCGAUGUCACCGGCCUCACUGCGCGCUCCCUUUCCCCCCAACCCAACCCUAAUCUCACCACCCCCCUCGUCUCCUCUCCAUUCUACUGUAAACAACCCCUUCUUAAUCCCUUCCGCCUCUCUCUUCCUCCGCGGCUACUUCACAAGGCCGGAACCCGCGCACCUCCUCCCACUCCGGCGCAAUCCCCGCAUCACUCGCCGCUGCACCCCAAGUACCUCUCCGUUGAUCUCCAACGCCACCUCCGUACUUUUCUUGCAAGAACUGGGUCUUGACGAAAUGGAGGCCGCAUCUCUCCUUCAGAAGCAUCCAGAGCUGGAAUGGGCCUCUCCAGAAUCCCUCCGCCGUCGCCUAUUUUCCCUCCAAUCCGUUGGAAUCACCGGCCUCUCCCUCCACCGGACCGUGACGCGGCGCCCGGAUACCCUGACCUCACCGGAGAUUGGACAUUUCCUCGAUUUCGUCCGUGAGGAGCUCAAAGGACUCGAAGCGUCGAAGCUUGAGCGCCUGCUGAUCUCCUUCCAUUCCCAAUUCUUUCCGGACUUCAGCGCAAAGGUCAGGCUGCUCGUUGAUCAUGGAAUGCCCGGCAACAAGCUGGUGCAUGUCCUCAACAAUGUGAACAUCAUGAAGGUCUUCUGCGAGAGACCCAUCGAAGGGCUGGAGGAGAUGAUUGUUUUCCUCAAAGGCUACGGCUGGCCGGAGCUGAUCAUCCGGCGUCCGCUUCUUCUCAAUCUGAAUCUCAAGAGCCAGCUGAUUCCGAGGGUCGAAUAUCUUGCGGAGCUCGGAGGGGGUAACAGGGAGGCCACUGGGUUCUUGAUCAACAAAUGGCCUGUGAUCUUAUCCUACACUGUAGAUCACUUCAAAUCUCACUUGGAGUUUUGGAGAUCCAUCGGCCUCACCGACGAAGAGGUCUUCAGGAUUGCUCUCGUGCACCCCCAUAUCUUCAGUGUAAGCAAGGAGAGGAAGCUGAAGCCCAGAAUUCAAUUCCUGGAGCAAUGCAAGAUGAACGCCGAGGACAUCUUCAAGUUUCUGAUCAAGGCCCCUCUCUUCAUAAGCCUUUCCUUUCAAGACAACCUCUCAAAGAAGCUGGCAUUCCUUGUGAAGAUCGGCUACAGGCACCAAACUAGAGAGCUGGCUUUGGCGGUGGGUGCGGUGACAAGAACAAGCUGCGAGAACUUGCAGAUGGUGAUCGACCUCUUCUUCAACUAUGGCUUCUCAUGCGAGGAUGUUUUGACCAUGAGCAAGAAGCAUCCUCAGGUGCUGCAGUAUAACCAUGAGUCGCUGGAGAAGAAAAUAGAGUUUCUCGUCGAGGGAAUGGGAAGAGAGAUAGGAGAGCUAUUGAUGUUUCCUGCCUUUCUUGGGUACAAGCUGGAUGAUCGAAUCAAGCAUCGGUAUGAAGUGAAGAAGGAGAUUAGGGGCAAAGGGAUGUCGAUCAACAAACUCCUUAGUGUCUCUGCAACAAGAUUUUACUCGAACAAGGACUCUACCGUAAUGGACGCUGGUUGUGAUCUUGACUCACCUGGACAAUAGUCUGAUUAACAUCUUUUUCUUAUUGUUGGAUUGUUAGACAAAUCGUAACAUGAGGAGCUGGAAACAGAUCUUUUGCAUCAAUUAAAUAGAUUGAAAGAACAUUCUGAGUUCCUG